UGGCCCAAGCGCGCGCACCAUCAAUCCAAAUGGCGCACCAUGUUCUCAUACACUCGCCACCAUGCCCACGUCAUUCUCUCUCCUCCUCUCCCUUCCAAGAUUCACUCGUCUCUGUUGGCUGCUGCUUGACUCGCAACCUCCUCGCUUUUUCCUCUUAUAAACAAAUCAACAAGCAUCUACCUUACUUCAACUACAAACACUAAAAGAAGAAACCAUCUUGUUUACGUUUCGUUUCUUUCCCUCUCUCUUCAAUCCCUAGUGCAAUGUGUUCCUGUGCCCUUGACGAGCAUUUACAGUACCCAGUCGCUCGCCGGGACGAGUCCGUCGUUGAUAACUACCACGGCGUUCUCAUCUCCGACCCUUAUCGAUGGCUUGAAGAUCCUGAUUCUGAAGAGACGAAAGAAUUCGUGCAAAAGCAGGUGGAAUUGACCGAAUCAGUACUUAAAAAGUGCGAUACGAGGGAAAAGCUUCGUGAAAAGCUUACGAAAUUCUAUGAUUAUCCGCGUUAUGAUCCUCCAUUUAGAGCAGGUGAUAAGUACUUCUACUUCCACAACACCGGGCUUCAACCACAAAAGGUCCUAUACAUGCAGGAUAGUUUGGAUGCUAAGCCAGAGGUUUUGCUAGAUCCGAAUGCACUCAGCGAGGACGGAACUGUGGCAUUGAGCUCGUAUGCCGUAAGCGAGGAUGCUAAAUACUUGGCGUAUGGCAUUAGUUCGGGUGGGAGUGAUUGGGUCACCAUUAAAGUCAUGAGGAUUGAGGAUAAGGUGGUCUUGCCUGAUACUCUAUGUUGGGUUAAGUUUACUGAUAUUAGUUGGACUCAUGAUAACAAAGGUUUUUUCUAUGGCCGCUACCCGGCUCCAAAGGGCGGAGAGAAUGUGGAUGCUGGGACCGAGACCAAUGCUAACUUAGAUCAGGAGGUAUACUAUCAUUUCCUGGGUACUGAUCAGUCUGAAGAUAUUUUAUGUUGGAAAGAUCCUGACAAUCCAAAACAUUCAUGUCACGCAUCAGUUACCGAAGAUGGGAAGUAUGUUCUUCUAUAUAUUUUUGAGGGUUGUGAUCCUGUCAACAAACUUUAUUACUGCGACUUCGCUGCACUCCCUAAUGGGCUUGAAGGUUGUAAGGGGAGAAAGGACCUGCUUCCCUCUGUCAAGCUUAUUGACAACUUUGAUGCCUAUUAUGGAGCUAUUGCAAAUGAUGGAACAGUAUUCACCUUUCGAACUAAUAAGGAUGCUCCAAAAUAUAAGUUAGUCCGAGUAGAUCUGAAGGAACCGGAUUCUUGGACUGAAGUUCUCCAAGAAGCUGAAAAGGACGUGCUUGAAUCAGCUGUUGCUGUCAAUGGCAACAAAAUUCUUGUGAAUUAUUUGAGUGAUGUAAAGCAUGUUCUGCAAUUAAGGGACUUGAAAACAGGCAACAUGCUGCAUUAUUUACCCAUUGACAUUGGCACAGUUUAUGACAUUUCGGCUCGGCGCAAAGACAACACUUUCUUUUUUGGGUUUACAAGCUUCCUUACCCCGGGUAUUAUAUAUCAGUGCAACUUAGAAUCUGAUGUUCCAGAUCUGAGAAUAUUCCGAGAGAUUGCUGUUCAUGGAUUUGAGCGGACAGAGUUUCAUGUAAAUCAGGUUUUUGUGCCUAGUAAGGAUGGUAUCGAGAUACCAAUCUUCAUAGUGGCCAGAAAGGAUAUUCUUCUAGAUGGAUCACACCCAUGUUUAUUAUAUGGUUAUGGUGGAUUUAAUAUCAGUUUAUCGCCAUCAUUCAGUGUUAGUCGUAUUGUAAACAUGAGGCAUUUAGGUGCUGUCUUCUGCUUAGCCAAUAUUCGUGGUGGUGGGGAGUAUGGAGAAGACUGGCACAAAGCUGGUUCCCUUGCAAAAAAACAGAAUUGUUUUGAUGAUUUUAUUUCUGCUGCUGAGUAUCUAGUAUCUGCCGGUUAUACCCAGCCCAGAAAGUUGUGUAUUGAAGGUGGAAGCAAUGGUGGGCUCCUUAUUGGGGCCUGCAUCAAUCAGAGACCCGAUCUUUUUGGUUGUGCUCUUGCUCAUGUUGGUGUCAUGGACAUGCUUAGAUUUCACAAGUUCACCAUAGGCCAUGCAUGGACCUCUGAUUUUGGCUGUUCUGAGGAGGAGGAAGAGUUCCAUUGGCUAAUCAAGUAUUCACCGUUACAUAAUGUCAGGCGACCAUGGGAACACUCUGUUGCUCAGGCUUCUCAGUACCCACCUACCAUGCUAUUGACAGCUGAUCAUGAUGAUCGGGUUGUCCCAUUGCACUCUUUCAAGCUAUUGGCGACAAUGCAACAUGUUCUAUGUACAACCUUGGACAAAAGCCCCCAGACCAACCCAAUUGUUGGCCGCAUUGACUGUAAAGCUGGUCAUGGAGCUGGACGUCCAGUACAGAAAGUGAUUGAUGCAGCUGCAGACAGCUAUAGCUUUAUGGCUAAGAUGUUGGAUGCAGCCUGGGUUGAUUAGAUGAUUUUUCCUAUCAAAGAAGGCUUGUUACAUGAUUUAUGAUGAACUAGUGAUCUAUUGAAGAAGUUAUGAUUUUAAUGUGUUUCGUAUGGUUUAAACUUAAAAUAAUUAUUAUUGUAUUUG